AGGAGUUUGACAAGAAGUACAACCCCACCUGGCAUUGCAUCGUAGGGAGGAACUUUGGCAGCUACGUGACCCAUGAGACCAAGCAUUUCAUCUACUUCUACUUGGGCCAGGUGGCCAUCCUGCUUUUCAAAUCUGGCUAAGCGGCCAGCGGCCCCAGCCCCUUCAACACCAACUGACCAUUAAAUACUGACUCGACAGAAAGGCUCUAUCAUCCUGGUCAAUGGGGACUGCCUUUUUCUGUGCUGCUUUGUUUAUGAAAGAAAAAAUACAUGGCCAUGUGAGAUUAAACACUUGUAUUUAUUUUUGUUUUCUACUACAGUAGAUUUGAUGUCACCGGUUUUUAUUUUUAUUAAAGCGAUAUUGUUUGGCUCUCUGGG